UCUCUCUCUUCCUCUCACCUUCUCUCUCCCCCAUCUCUCUCUAACCCUAAUAAUUAACGAACUGCCACAUCGUGGUCGGAAAAUACAGUGACGGUCGUCGCCGUCUACAUUGCCGUCGCCGUCCACGGCCUUUUCCCUUUCUCUCUCUUUUGAUCUCACGUUUUCUCUCCCCUUCUCUCUAACCCUAAUAACGCCGCCUCCUAGUCACCGUCGGCCCCUGCCAGUCACCAUCGCCGCUGUAUACCGUUGACGUCGCCGGCCUAUGUGACAAUUUCAGGCAAUGGCAGAUGCUGCAGACCCUGCCUGCAUCUUGGAGACUAGGAAAACUGCUCCAGGAUUACGUUUGGUGGAUAAAUGGGCGGUAAAGAUCGGGGGAGGGGAAAAUCACAUAAUGGGCUUAUUUGAUAUGGUAAUGAUAAAAGACAAUCACAUAUCUGCUGCUGGAGGUGUUAGCAAAGCUCUAAAAUCUGUGGAUCAGUAUUUGGAGCAAAAUAAACUUCAAAUGGGAGUUGAGGUUGAAACCAGAACGCCUGCAGAAGUACAUGAGGUUCUAGAAUAUGCAUCUCAAACAAAGACUUCAUUGACUAGGAUAAUGCUGGACAAUAUGGUUAUUCCAUUAUCUAACGUGGAUGUUGAGGUAUCCAUGCUUAAGGAGGCCGUAGAAUUGAUCGAUGGGAGGUUUGAGACAGAGGCUUCAGGAAAUGUUACCCUUGAAACAGUGCACACAAUUGGACAAAACGGUGUUAGCUGCAUUUCUAGGUGAAAAGAGGAGUAAGAAAACAAAAAAAGCUAAGGAGACGGGGGUUCCUAGAGACCACCAGAAAACCUUGCGAUUAGAGAUAGAAGCCCGUCGCCACGUCUCCCACCACGCGGCGCUCCAUUGCCACGUCUUCCAAUACCGAGUCGUUCGAUAGAGUGUCAAACACACAAAGUCAUGUUUGAAUGUUAAUGUUGUGGUGGAUUUGUGGAUUGUGUAAGUGUUUUGUGGAUGUUUGUGAGGGGUGAAGUAGUCUAAUGUUGUAGACUAACUUAGUGUAGAUCUACUAGUUUAAUGUUUUGAGGAUGUUUGCAAAGGUUGUGAAGUAGUUUAAUGUUGUGUAAAUGUUUGUGAAUGUUGAAGUAGCUUAAUGUCUCUUCGGAAUGUUUGAAUGACGUUUUGAUUCAACUUUGAAGUAGUUUCGAAUUGAAUUUGACGUAUUGUUGGUUGUAAUAUAUGUGUUUGUUGAAGUAGCUUAAUGUUUUAUGUUUUUCAGUACUUUGGUGAAUUGUUGGCAGCUAUUUGAGCCGGUUUUAGUUGAAUAUAAAAUUGUUUCAUCU